GUUGCCCGUCUCUCUCCAAACACAGAUGGCUGCUGGACCCGCGUAAACUGGAGAUCCCGAAGAGGUCUCUUUCCAGACUUCACCCUGAAAAUAAUUGUGUUGUCAAAGGACAAAGCAUGGCUUUUGAGGGGGUCAAGAGUAAAGGAGGAAUAGACUUGGGGAUGGAUGGGGACAGAGGUCUGGUGGCCGGUCGGAGCCAAAGAGAGAAGAGGAGGUCCUAUAAGGACCUGUUGAGGGAGGAAGAGGAGAUCGCUGCACAGGUGCGAAAGUCCUCCAAAAAACGACCAAAGGAUCAGGAGCUUUUCAUGCUGGGAGGAGACUCGCAUAAAAAGAAGAAGAAGCACAGCGAUGAUUACUAUUACAGAGAUCAUGACAGCUUGGGCCCGCCUCCUCAUAAGAAGAAGCACAAGUCUGCAGACCGCUCUCCGACAGUGUCCUCUCCGGCGGCGGCCCACCCCACAGACACGGCCAUGGGCCUCCUGCAGGCCAUCACCUCCCCUCUCGCCACCGGUUCAGACCCAAACCCUCAUCUGCACAAGAAGCCUUCCUACCCCUCCUUCUCGUCACACUCCUCCAAGGACCGCAAACGGGAGAGUGGCAGCGGUGGCAGCGGGUGCAAAGGUGGCCACUCCUUCUCUCAUUCACGCCCCGCCUCCUCCUCCUCCUCCUCCUCCUCCUCCAAGAAGCACUCAUCCUCCAAAUCGUCCCUGUUCCAUGGUGGAGCUCCCAAAGAGGAGCCUCUGACUCUCCGUGAGGCCGACGGGCUGAAGAUGAAGCUCAUCAUGUCUCCAGAGAACGAGGAACCCAAGAGCUUCCCGUUCAUGCCGCACUCGUCCAAAGGAAGCGUGAAGAAAGAGAAGAGCAGGGAGCGCUCACAACCUUCAAAGUCUCCAAAGAAGAAGCUGCUGCAGAGUCGUGAGCCACUACCUGUGGUGGGCAAGGAGGUGGAAGUGGAAGGUCACUAUGGAGGAGGCAUGGCAGAAGAGAGUUCCUCCUCUGGAGGAGAGCUGGAGGCAGGCGAACUGGUGAUUGAUGACUCCUAUACACACUUGUCCAAAAAGAAAAAGAAAAGCAAGAAAAGUAAGAAGAAAAAGGACAAAGAAAAAGACAGAGACAAGGAGAAGAGUGGGAAGGACAAGAAGCACAACAAAGCGUUCGGAGACUCAUCACGGAGCCACAGUCACUCCCACCCCACCGUUACCCACAGUGCCGUUGGGCCCAUGUACGCCAUGGGCACGCCCAUCCCCCCACACCACCAGCAAGGCAGCGACACUGUUCCAGAGAAGAAGAAGAAGAAAGAGGAGAAGGACCGGGACAAGCACGACAAGGACAAGGAUAAGCCCAAGAAGAAAAACACCACAGCCUAUCAGGUGUUCUGCAAGGAGUACAGAGUCAACAUCAAUGCAGAACAGCCAGGACUGGUGUUUGGGGAGCUCAGUAAAAAGCUGGCAGAGGUGUGGAAGGCCAUGCCAGAGAAAGACAAGCUGGUGUGGAGACAGAAAGCUCAGUACCUGCAGCACAAACAGAACAAGGCAGAAGCCACCACCGUCAAACACAAGAGCAGCAGUGAAAGUAAAAGCAAAGUCAUAACAGCCGGGACAGGAAUAGUGUCACCGACCCGAGCACCUGCAUCCGUGUCCCUGUCCCCAGCCCGAGUGCCAGAUGUUGAUCCCAUUGAUGCGGCUGCUCACCUUCAGCUGCUCGGAGAGUCGCUGUCCCUGAUUGGUCACCGUCUCCAGGAGACCGAGGGGAUGGUGGCUGUGUCGGGCAGUCUGUCUGUCCUCCUGGACUCCAUCCUCUGUGCGUUGGGACCGCUGACGUGUCUCACGGCUCAGAUCCCUCAGUUGAACGGAUGUCCUCGAACUGUCCUGUCAAACACAUUGGACAACAUAGCCUACAUCAUGCCUGGACUGUGAAUCCUGGACCGGGCCAGGAGCCAGGACCCAGGAGCCAGGAGCUGUCCUCCUGGAGCACCACAUGUCAAAACAGCUGUUUUUUUAGUGUCAAUAUGUUUUUUAAACGUUUAAAUGAUGUCACCUUUUAGCAGACCUGCUUUUACUGUUACUCGACAAGUCUCUUGCAUGAAUGAGUGAGUGUUUGAAUGAAAAAAUGUGUUUAGCGCUGACAGGACUUUGUACAGCACCAACCUGCUCAGCUUCUUCAUCAACAUACAUACGUAGUACUUGUUUUAUACUUUGAUAUGUUACUGCCAACAGUGUGUAGUGUGAAGGAAAAAAAUCAAACAAGAUGAGAGCAAUAAAAGUGAGCUUUCUAAAAAUCAACAGAACUCAUCACCCUGCCUGGAGCUGAGCAGCUGAUCAUUACAGUAGGUUCAACAUGUACAUGUUCGCUAUAUUCCAGAUGUGCAACAGAUUCAGCAUGUGCAAAAGACUCCAGGUUCUCAGCAGAUUCAUCAUGUUCUCCAGAUUUAACAUGCACUACAUUCCAGAUGUGCAGCAAAUCCAACAUGUGCACCAGAUUCCAGAUGUGGAAGAUUCAAUAUGUGUGGCAGCCAUUCCUCUCAACAAGUAUGUUUACAAAGAAGAAAUUAACAAAGGGAGGAGAAAUUUGCAAAAAAAAAAAAAACAUUUGGUAAAUGGUAAAUGGUCUACACUUACAUAGCGCAUUCACACUGCAUUGACAAAGCCCAAAGCGCUUUAAGGUGCGUUCCCACCGGACGCGUUGCAAGCGUCACGGCGUCGCUUUGACAUUGAGUCUCUGGUGGACGAGCUUCGACGGACCGAACGCGCGUCAGGCGCUUUUCGAGCGGCGCUUUCCCAGCUUUUCGAGCGUUGGCGACGCGUGUCACACGCGUCAACGCCUGAAGUGAGAAGGGCCUGUCUGCGGCCUGCAAGACAGAGGCGUGUCGUGUAGUGACGUCACCACACGACACGCCCACUACACGCUUGACAAUUUCCACCCCUCAAAGCAGAAGUGAAGUAAAAGAAGAAUUUCCGGACCGUAUGCACACUGUAAGUGUCAGCGUAUUUUAUUUAUUUAUAGUUGUAGCAAGUAAGAUUUAUCAAUUGCAUGAAACAGAACGAGGCCAGGCCGUUGGUGAGGAAACUCAGGAAACUUUCAGAGGGGGUUAACGUUAUUUGCCUGUUUGAUAAGUGACGAAACGUUACAUCAUAUUCGUUUUAUGCUACUUAAAAGGGGUGGCCUAAGUAGAUGAGUCUAAGCUAACGUUAGUUGGUGGUGUAACAUAGCGAGCAGAAACACAUUUUUCUCAGUGUGGUCCAGUGCAGCAAUUUAAAAUGAUUAAUAGCAUCAUAUUGGUAAUUAUUCUUACCAGCUGGAGGGUGACGUGAACUGGCCCUAUCAGUUAAUUGACAGCUUGUCUGCAAGCACAGACAUAUUUCAAUGUGUACUGCAACAUCUAAUUGAAAAACUUUAAUGUUUGUUCUUUUUUGACAGUGAAUAGAAAAUGAUGGAGGAAACAGCGGCGAGGCUCGUAUCAGAGGAGG